UCCGGGCUACUGAGCGCUCGGGGCCUUUUCAAAUCGGGAUCCGUUACCGCUUCCCCGGCAGCCGCCAUUGUCGCGUUCGGAGCCCCUUAGCGCAGGCGGCCGAGGCGGAGGCAGCGGCGGUGGGAUGGCGGACGCCGACAAGGCCGAGGUGCCCGGGGCCACUGGCGGCGACAGCCCGCACCUGCAGCCCACGGAGCCGCCGGGCGAGCCGCGGCGAGAGCCGCACCCCCCGGAGGCGGAGAAGCAGCAGCCGCAGCACAGCAGCAGCUCCAAUGGCGUUAAAAUGGAGAAUGAUGAAUCAGUGAAAGAAGAGAAAUCUGACUUAAAGGAAAAAUCUACAGGAAGUAAGAAGGCCAAUAGAUUUCAUCCUUAUUCAAAAGACAAGAAUUCGGGCACUGGAGAAAAGAAGGGUCCAAAUCGAAACAGAGUUUUCAUUAGCAACAUCCCAUAUGACAUGAAAUGGCAAGCUAUUAAAGAUCUAAUGAGAGAGAAAGUUGGUGAGGUUACAUACGUGGAGCUCUUUAAGGAUGCGGAAGGAAAAUCAAGGGGUUGUGGUGUGGUUGAAUUCAAAGACGAAGAAUUUGUAAAGAAAGCCCUGGAAACUAUGAACAAAUAUGAUCUUAGUGGAAGACCCCUGAAUAUUAAAGAGGAUCCUGAUGGAGAAAAUGCUCGUAGGGCAUUGCAACGAACAGGAGGAUCAUUUCCAGGAGGACAUGUCCCUGAUAUGGGAUCAGGGUUGAUGAAUUUACCACCUUCCAUUCUCAAUAAUCCCAACAUUCCUCCUGAGGUCAUCAGUAAUUUGCAGGCCGGUAGACUUGGUUCCACAAUUUUUGUUGCCAAUCUUGACUUCAAAGUUGGUUGGAAGAAGCUAAAGGAAGUGUUCAGCAUAGCUGGAACUGUAAAGCGGGCAGAUAUUAAAGAAGACAAAGAUGGCAAGAGCAGAGGAAUGGGCACUGUCACUUUUGAGCAAGCAAUUGAAGCAGUUCAAGCAAUUUCUAUGUUUAAUGGGCAGUUUUUAUUUGAUAGACCUAUGCAUGUGAAAAUGGAUGACAAGUCUGUUCCUCAUGAAGAGUACCGUUCACAUGAUAGUAAAACACCACAAUUACCACGUGGUCUUGGAGGCAUUGGAAUGGGACUUGGUCCAGGUGGACAGCCUAUUAGUGCCAGCCAGCUGAACAUAGGUGGUGUAAUGGGAAAUUUAGGUCCAGGUGGUAUGGGAAUGGAUGGUCCAGGUUUUGGAGGAAUGAAUAGAAUUGGAGGAGGAAUAGGGUUUGGUGGUCUGGAAGCAAUGAAUAGCAUGGGAGGAUUUGGAGGAGUUGGCCGAAUGGGAGAGCUGUACCGUGGUGCGAUGACUAGUAGCAUGGAGCGAGAUUUUGGACGUGGUGAUAUUGGAAUAAAUCGAGGCUUUGGAGAUUCCUUUGGUAGACUUGGCAGUGCAAUGAUUGGAGGGUUUGCAGGAAGAAUAGGAGCUUCUAACAUGGGUCCAGUAGGAUCUGGAAUAAGUGGUGGAAUGGGUGGCAUGAACAGUGUGACUGGAGGAAUGGGGAUGGGACUGGACCGGAUGAGUUCCAGCUUUGAUAGAAUGGGACCAGGUAUAGGAGCUAUACUGGAAAGAAGCAUCGACAUGGAUCGAGGAUUUUUAUCGGGUCCAAUGGGAAGCGGAAUGAGAGACAGAAUAGGCUCCAAAGGCAACCAGAUAUUUGUCAGAAAUCUACCUUUUGACUUGACUUGGCAGAAACUAAAAGAGAAAUUCAGUCAGUGUGGCCAUGUAAUGUUUGCAGAAAUAAAAAUGGAGAAUGGAAAGUCAAAAGGCUGUGGAACAGUCAGAUUUGACUCCCCAGAAUCAGCUGAAAAGGCCUGCAGGAUAAUGAAUGGCAUAAAAAUCAGUGGCAGAGAAAUUGAUGUUCGCUUGGAUCGUAAUGCAUAAUUUCAAGCCAUGGUUGGAACAUUCCUACAUCUGUUUUGCUGAAUCUCCUAGUAAAAGUCAUUUUUUAAAGUAAUAUUGUAUGCUUACAAAAGCUGUAAAAAUGAACUUUUAAAACUCCCACCAGCUUUUAACAGUAUAAUGUUAAAAAUAUACUGUAAUUUUUGUUAAUCUCAAGUUUGGGUUUUUAAAGACAGCAAGUCUGGUCAUUCAGUUUAAAUGAAUGGUUAUACUGUUUUUAAUGAAAUAAGCCAUUUUCUUGUUGUUUUCAGUACUACAUAGUGGGAUUUGUUUGCUCUAGUUUCUCCAGUUUUUAUCAACUUAUUGUAGAGUAAAACAUAGAUUUUCCCCCCCCAAAACUUCUGUUUUAUAAUAUGUAUUUGUUGAUGAAAAGAAAGGUCUCAGAAAAAUUAGGAUGUGAUUUUGGUUGGUUUUAAAUUACUGUAAGUUUUAGAUUCUAAAGUUCAGGAUUUUUAAAGUUUGAUUUAAAUGAAGAAAUAAAUUUUUGUCUCUGCCCCUACCUGCCAUUCACAUUUUCUGCAUAACACUAUGAAUAAUAUCAAUCUCCGCAGCCCCUUAUUUUAUUAUUUCCAAUAAUUCCAAGUUCAUAUAGAACUGAUAAUGUAGCAAGCCCCAAGUAUGAUAAUAGGCAGACUACUCCCAACUUUCUGUCUAGUUUCCAAUCAUUAAAGUGAACUGCUAAAAAAAGAAAAAUAAUUGAAAUGUUGAGAGAGAUGGUUAUAUAAGUUAGUCCUCUGCUGUUUACUUCUACAGGAGCUGAUCCAUUUAUAAAUGCAGUUUUAAUAAACCAUGGAAUACCAAGGCACAACAUAUCAAACACAUUGGAUCCCACGAUGUUAGACAUAGCCAUAUCUCCUUUCCCUACAGAAGAAAAGCAUAUUGUUAAAAUGUGCUUACCAAUACUGUAUUUUAUUAAUAAUCUUCAUAAGAAAAGAAACACUGGAUACUUUUUUUGUUGUUGAUUCAUUUUGAAAAAUUGUUGUUAGAAUAAAUGUCUUAAUGAAUUUGUAUUUUAAAAUUUUUCUUGAGUUAGUAUUUAAAGUCUUAACAUUUAUUUAAUAAUUAUAUUUAUUAAACCAUUUUUCAAUAAGGUGUAUAGCUUACUUGUUGCUUUUUAUUGUAAUUUAACAUGGUUAAUUAUUAUUUAAUGCACAUUUCAAAUGAAUAUUAUUUCGGGGAUUAGAUUGAGUGAAAUUAACUUGCUAUUAAAUAGUAAACAUUUCCUUGAGUCACUUUUUUUUCCCUUCAAAGUAUGUUGCUGAGAAAGUAAAUAUUUUUAAAGCUACUUUUACUCAUUCCAGGCUUGUAGAAUGACCAUCGCAGCUUGAGGGAUCUAGUUCUUACCUUUUCUUGCAACCAACACACUUGCAAUUGUGUCUGGUAUGCUUGUUCCUGCUGCUAAUAAAGUAAGGCCCAUUACUGUAUCUGGAAUUUCUAGUGUUUCCCCUGUAAUAAACAGAUAUUUCAAGUUACAAAUCUUACAGAUUCACUAACUAUUCUUUGCAGUUAUUUUUGAUAUUUCCUUCCUGAACAAAAAUAAAAUAGGCACAUUUAGAAUUCAGAGCCAAUAUGUGCUUGCUUAGUUUUUUAGCUAGCAAAAUAUUUGAAUCAGGUUGUUAAUUUGGGUAACCCAGUUAGCACAGAUUUUUAAAUGACAUAUCUAAAGAUAUGUAACAGCCAAAAUUCUGCCAAUGAGAAAUUUUUGUUUGAUAUUAUUACAGAAGAUAUUUAUGUCCACCAUUAUCUUCAUCAGGGCUGUGCUGAAUAUUUGCUAAUGAGACUGAUCAUUCCUCAUUUCCAUUCUUAAAAUUUUUUCUUAAAUUAGAGUUAAGCAAAUUAAUUAUAGCUAUCUUUAAGCUAUAAAUGUGUUAACACAUAUGUACCAUUUAUUGCAUUCUACUUUAGUGGUAGACCUUAAUUUAGCGAUUUUUUUGAGGGAGGAGAAGUUUAUUAAACUCUGAGGAAAACAAAACCUGUUUGUUUUCUACUUGAGUCUAACCUAUGGUCCCAAUUUAUUAAUACUUCUGUUAAAUUUGAUGUUAGGUCAACGUUUUUCAAAACUGUAUUUAUUCUCAGAAACAGAACCAGAGAGAAGAUUUUUUUUAAAAAAGGAUAUGUAACUGUUCUUUUAAUGUUGUAAUUGAAAACUUGGUUUAAUAUCUUUUUCUUUAUAUCUCUUUAUUGCUUAAAAUGCCAAUGAAAAUAACUUAAUUAGAAAGCUUAUUUAUUGCAUGCUUAUAUAUUGAUACUGGAAUUGGAAUUGGUUGUUAAUUUCUGUUACUGGCUUUGCUAGAAUUCAUAUGUGCAUAAAAAACACUAGUAUUUAUCAUCUUGGGGGCUGUUCUGUGAUCUAUUACAUGAUUUUUGCUCUCUCUUAAUUUUCCUAAUAUCAAAUGUGUUCUGGCUGAGUGAAUUUGGAUAGAUAUAAUAUGCAAGCUAAUUGGACUUUUUCAUUUUUCUCAUUAAAAAAAGAAAUAGUCUGCUUUUUGCUAGCAUAAUAUUCUAAUACUUACAUUAAUUUGGGAAAAGUCAAGAGUCAACAAAUUUUUGUGUCUGUGAGGGGCCAGAUAGUAAUUAUUUAGGGUUUGCAGGCUGCGUGGUUUCUGUUGCAUUUAUUCAGCUUUUCCAAUGUAGUGUGAAAGCAAUCAUAGAUCAUAUGUAAAACUUUAUGAAUAAAAAUAAGCUGGGUUAUUUUGGCACACUGGCAGUAGUUUGUUCACCUCUGCUAUCAGUCAAUUCAGGUUAACCUUUGUAGGAGAAAUUACAGAUUAUUUUUGUCUUUGUUGAUAGUUUUUUCUUUGGGGACUAUAGUGGAUAAUGGCCAAGAAGCAGUAGUUAAGUCUUAAUCAUGAAGGCAGUAGAAACCUAGAAUUACACUUUAUCUUAUACCCUUUUCACUCAUUUCAUAGUAUGUUCGUGUUGCCAUGCUGAAAAAAACAAAUAAAAUAUAAUCUACUUUAGCAGUGAACACACAUUGUUUUCCCCAAAAUUAAUAGAGCUCCUUGCUCUGUUUUUUUUUUUUUUUCUUAUGUAAUGGAAUUGGAUAUAAAGAGUUUAUUGCAAGCCCCAUGGAAUGUGAUUAAAUUAUUAGCAUAAUAAAAAGACAUUCUAUGAA